AUGGACGACUCCUCGGCCCUAGGGAGGAAACGCGUCCUGCGGCGGGCUGGCUCCGGCGAUCUGGUCCGGCCCGGCAGGACCGCGCAGCGGCAACAGGCCCAGGAGCAGCCCGUGUGCCAGACAAGGGCUGCGGCAGCGAAGAAGGCGGCGGCGGCCGCCUCCUCCUCGUCCAAGCGGCGUAGGACCCCAUCCCCUUCUCCUCCCCUUGCGGACGCCACCCCGGAGGCCGACUUCGAUCUUGGGUCCUUUAGCCCGAAGAGGAAGAGGAGGCCAGAGGGGGAGGAGGACGAUGACAUGGAGAUGCUGGCCCAGAGGGUGGCGAAGAGAGCCAAGGCUUCGACGGGCGACGAGCCCCCGGCGAGCGCUUCACGCAUGCCGACGUUGGUAGUGAUCAGCCCGGACGACAGCCCUCAGAGCAGCCCCCGGUCCAGCCCCCAGCGAGGAGAGCGGCAACAGGAGGAGCCACUAAGGGCCGCCCCUGACACGCUGCCCCCGUCGACCACGCCACCCAGAGGGGCGUCUCUGGCAAGGGCACCUACCGCCGAGCCCACGCGCAUGGAGGAGGUGGAGGCGAGCAUAGGCACUGGUGGCUCCGUCCCAGCAACGAACAUUGGCGGGGAGGGAACCUCUUUUCCUCAACCUCUCUCGACGGACCAGGUGGACGUCGACGCCGUCAUCGAGGAGGUCGCCAAGGACGCCGAAGCCGAGGCCACCAAGAUCGCGGCUGGGGAAGCCGCCAUGUCCGCCAUCGAGGAGGCCACCAAGGGGCCUGCUGGGGAGGCCGGCAAGGAUAAGGUGAACUCUAGGACAGCGGCCGUGGACAAGGCCGAAGCAGACUUUCAGGAGCGCGUCACUCAAAUGCAAGUCUGGUUCGGCGAGGCCCGACAGGAACUGAAGGGCGCCCAGGAUCAGCUGGACAAGAGCAAGCGAGAGCUCCUCCUGAAGCAAGCUGACAUCAAGAAGGCCCAGGAGACGGUGAAGGAUCAGGCCGCCAAGGACGAAGCUGACUGGCGGCAGCACAAGGACGAGGAAAUCGAGAAGAUCAUCUCGCAGCGGACCCAGGAGUUGGAGCGGAAGCACAAGGAUGCACUUGAUGCACUGGCCUUGGACCACACCGGCAAGGUGGAGAAGCUGGAGCUGGAGCGGGAGGAGCUGAAGGAGGAGAUCUCCAAGAUGAAGAAGGACAGGGACAUGACUGCCCACACCCUGGCGGAGUUGCAGGUCACCAUCUCGAACAAGACACAGUUGCUCUCCAAGGCCAAUGAUUCCAUCGACGAUCUGAAGCUGAAGCUGGGCACCUUGGAAGGGACGCUCUCGGAGGUCACGACCCGUGAGGGGACCCUGAGCAAGGCCGUUGGGAGUGCGAGGCAGCUGCGGCAGGAUGACGCCACUGCCCACAAGGACUAUGUGGACAACGUAAAUCUCUGGAUCGGCCGCCUCGUCGACGUUGCAGAGAGGCUCACCAUGUAG